ACACCCUGGCUGGUUUGCGAUUCGAGAGGAAAAAUCAUUAAAGGAUCUGGAGUUUCACCCCAAAACUUUAAUUCUGUUUUAUCCCUUCUUUUUUUUCUUGUCUUUCCUCCAGCAGCUGCAGACUACAUAAUGAAAAAUAACAAAAGUGCCGCGAGGCUGUGCAACUAACCACCCGACGACUACGAGGAGGAGGAGUAAGAGUCGGCUAAGCGGCGCCCAGUGUCCUACUGCGCCUGUGCGCCGGUGGCGUGCGCAGAGGCCUCUGGGUAGGUGGCUCAACCCCGCCUCUCAGUUGAGGACUCUGAAGGCUGUAUCUGCGGCGCUGCCCCUCCGAGGAUGGCUACCCUGGUUGUAAACAAGCUUGGAGCGGGAGUAGACAGUGGCCGGCAGGGCAGCCGGGGGACAGCUGUAGUGAAGGUGCUAGAGUGUGGAGUUUGUGAAGACGUCUUUUCUUUGCAAGGAGACAAAGUUCCUCGCCUUUUGCUUUGUGGCCAUACCGUCUGUCAUGACUGUCUCACUCGACUACCUCUUCAUGGAAGAGCAAUCCGUUGCCCAUUUGAUCGACAAGUAACAGACCUAGGCGAUUCAGGUGUCUGGGGAUUGAAAAAAAAUUUUGCUUUAUUGGAGCUUUUGGAACGACUGCAGAAUGGGCCUAUUGGUCAGUAUGGAGCUGCAGAAGAAUCCAUUGGGAUAUCUGGAGAGAGCAUCAUUCGUUGUGAUGAAGAUGAAGCUCACCUUGCCUCUGUGUAUUGCACUGUGUGUGCAACUCAUUUGUGCUCUGAGUGUUCUCAAGUUACUCAUUCUACAAAGACAUUAGCAAAGCACAGGCGAGUUCCUCUAGCUGAUAAACCUCAUGAGAAAACCAUGUGCUCUCAGCACCAGGUGCAUGCCAUUGAGUUUGUUUGCUUGGAAGAAGGUUGUCAAACUAGCCCACUCAUGUGCUGUGUCUGCAAAGAAUAUGGAAAACACCAAGGUCACAAGCAUUCAGUAUUGGAACCAGAAGCUAAUCAGAUCCGAGCAUCAAUUUUAGAUAUGGCUCACUGCAUACGGACCUUCACAGAGGAAAUCUCAGAUUAUUCCAGAAAAUUAGUUGGAAUUGUGCAGCACAUUGAAGGAGGAGAACAAAUCGUGGAAGAUGGAAUUGGAAUGGCUCACACAGAACAUGUACCAGGGACUGCAGAGAAUGCCCGGUCAUGUAUUCGAGCUUAUUUUUAUGAUCUACAUGAAACUCUGUGUCGUCAAGAAGAAAUGGCUCUAAGUGUUGUUGAUGCUCACGUCCGUGAAAAAUUGAUUUGGCUCAGGCAGCAACAAGAAGAUAUGACUAUUUUGUUAUCAGAGGUUUCCGCAGCCUGCCUCCAUUGUGAAAAGACUUUGCAGCAGGAUGAUUGUAGAGUUGUCUUGGCAAAACAGGAAAUUACAAGGUUACUGGAAACAUUGCAGAAACAGCAGCAGCAGUUUACAGAAGUUGCAGAUCACAUUCAGUUGGAUGCCAGCAUCCCUGUCACUUUUACAAAGGAUAAUCGUGUUCACAUUGGACCAAAAAUGGAAAUUCGGGUUGUUACGUUAGGAUUGGAUGGUGCUGGAAAAACUACUAUCUUGUUUAAGUUAAAACAGGAUGAAUUCAUGCAGCCCAUUCCAACAAUUGGUUUUAAUGUGGAAACUGUAGAAUAUAAAAAUCUAAAAUUCACUAUUUGGGAUGUAGGUGGAAAACACAAAUUAAGACCAUUGUGGAAACAUUAUUACCUCAAUACUCAAGCUGUUGUGUUUGUUGUAGACAGCAGUCAUAGAGACAGAAUUAGUGAAGCACACAGCGAACUUGCAAAGUUGUUAACAGAAAAAGAACUACGAGAUGCUCUGCUCCUGAUUUUUGCUAACAAACAGGAUGUUGCUGGAGCACUGUCAGUAGAAGAAAUCACUGAACUACUCAGUCUCCAUAAAUUAUGCUGUGGCCGUAGCUGGUAUAUUCAGGGCUGUGAUGCUCGAAGUGGUAUGGGACUGUAUGAAGGGUUGGACUGGCUCUCACGGCAACUUGUAGCUGCUGGAGUAUUGGAUGUUGCUUGAUUUUAAAGGCAGCAGUUGUUUGAAGUUUUGUGGUUAAAAGUAACUUUGCACAUAAUAUGUUUUAAGAAAUACAUCUCAAAAGAUGGUAAUUUAGGAUGCAUAUAUAUAUAUAUAUAUAUAUAUAUAUAUAUAUAUAUAUAUAAAGGAAUCUUGGAUUGGGAAUUCAGUACACUGCUUUAAAAAAAUUUUGUGGCAGAAUUAAAUUUCUAAUUGAGCAGAUUAGAUUGAAUUAAAUAGAAAUUUAUGGAAUAUACAUUCUUUUAAAAAGUAUAUUUGUUAUUUAAGUUUUUCAAAUAAUAUGUGACCAAUAUACUGGGAAAGAGGUAGUCACAGAGAAAGGGUAAGUGAAGGUUUAUUCUUCCAGUGAAAAAAGAAUAGCCAGUUGAGUGCCUAAUGAGACCUCUGUGUGAAGCAAGUGAAGUAUAGCUUCUUCUUUUAACCUGCCUUUUCACUGAAUGUUGGCAGCAUUUAGUAGUAGAAAUGACAGUUGCUUAAUGAAAUAGAAUCCAAACUACAUCUUUGGAUAAUAGGAUUACUUUAUGUUUAUGUUCAGAGUUAACAGAACACCUUUAAUGCUAAGAACUAUAAGGUAUAGAAAAUUAAUAUUUUAUAUAGUGUUUUAUUAACUUUCUCCUACAACAUUUUGUAUAAAACACAAUGAGACAGAGUGAAAUGUCACCUAAUUAGGCUUGUCAGGUUAGUAAUAAACUGAACAGUAAUAAAACUGUGAAAGUAAUUGGAUCUGCAUCUAUGAAAGACCCAUUUCCAGGACUGAACCUAGGUCAGAGCUCUAAAUUGGUCCUUCAUUUUUCAACAUAUUUAAAGUAAUAUUUCUUUCUAAUAUAAUAUUGCAUCCUUUGUGGGAAUGACUAUAGGUAAAAUGUAGUAAGUUACACAGAACCAGGGUUGGCUUUAUGUAAAAGCUAGUGACCUAAAUAGAAAAUGAACUUCAAGAGAAGUUGUUAGUACAGUGGUGAAUGCUUAUUACUUACUUCAAACUAUUUCCCAAAAUAAGUGCAUUUAUUUUGACAAUAAAACUUAAGGCUCUUCAUGAGAAGGCCUUGAAAAGUUACUCUAGAGGAAAAAUGUCUAAAGGAAAAAAAAAAUUCAAAGUUUACAUUAAUUAUUCAGUGUUGUGAGUAAAUAAAAAUGUGUGCUCUUUACUGUUUUUCAUUUUUAAAGGAUACUCUCUUAUUAUGGAAGCACGAUUUAUUUAAAUAGGUACAUUGAGACUGUUUUUCAAUGUUCUGAUACAUUAGGAUGAAGUUAAAUCUUAAACCUUAUUAGUUGAAUUGUUAUAAGGACAGUGAUGUCUGGUAACAAGAUGUGACUUUUCGGUAGCACUGUUGUGGUUCAUUCUUUUCAAAUCUAUUUUUGUUUAAAAACAAUACAACUUUUAGAAAACAAAGCAUUAAAAAAAAAAAAAAGCCUGUCAGUGUUAUGGGCAAUAUGUAAAUAAGUAAAUGUAGUAUUUCAUCCUUUAUUUUUCAGGUAAAAGGUCAUGCUGUUACAAGUGUAGUUUGUGUGCAUAAAUAAUACUUCCGAAUUAAAUUAUUUAAUAUUUGACUGAUUUCAAUAACUGUGAAAAAUAAAAAAGGUGUUGUAUUGCUUGUGAGAACUUGUUUACUAGUUAAUUGAAGAAAAAAAGUGUAACGCUAAGGUGAACUUGCUUCCCUUUUCACUAAUUUUGCUAAACUUUGUAAUGCACAUUCUUAGCAUUUAACUGAACACAAUUUAAAAAUUGUGCCUGAUUAUAAUGUAUGUAUAAUGGCAGGUGUUUGUGUGUGAUUCAUUUUUAAAGAAAUAUUUUUCUCAAGCUCCUAUUACUAUUUGUGGUUGUAUUAUUUCACUAAUCAUUAGUUAAGACUGUGCUAGUCUCCCCUGGGAAACUAAGACAGCUUUUUUAUAUACAGUAUAUUAGAAUUUUCCUAGUAGCUGAAUUUCUGUAUUAGGUCCAAAUAUUACUGUAUGUUAUAUAAAGCAGGUAUGUCAAGUGUAUAGCCGUAGUCUAUAAUUCAGGAAUGCUUUAUAACCAUCAGAAGCCAUUAUUUGCACUACAUAUAUGAUAAGUAUAGACAGCAAUAAAAUGUUAAGAUCAUUUUUAAGAA